GUUGUUUUCCAACCCUUUACAGUCUACGAGAAAGUACAGUAUCAGUUUGAAGAAGACAGUUUUGAUACAGUACCUGAUCUAGUAACUUAUUAUGUAGGUAAUAAGAGAGCAGUGUCGGCCGCUUCUGGAGCUAUUAUAAAUUGUCCCGUAAACCGUACAAUGCCACUUACAUAUUAUGCUAGCAGAUACGGAUUGCAGUGUCAACUCCAUUAUGCUGCACUGGCUGCCGAAACAGAUAUCAGAGAAGCCGAUCGAAGUCCGUGUUUGGCAAGAAGACAUUCGCAACCCUGCGAGGACGGAAGUUUGUCGGCAGAAUCUCAUCCCGGCACCUUUAACAAAACGGCCACUUCUUCCGUUGCAGGAUUUGCAACUCUGCGGCCACAUCAUCAACCUGCAGGAUGGAAAGGAAUGGCAAGAAUUGGUAGCGAUCCUCAGCUUAGUCCCACCCAAGAGCGAGAUGGCCCUCCACCCAAACCUAGCAGACUACCUAACCAACACGUAUACACAGAACCCAUUUAUAAAGAUGGCAAUGCUCCAAGUAACGGCCAUUCACCAAAUAUCAACAUAACAGAUAUGUCAACUCCAAAUUUAAAUCCCCCGUCUUGUUACGACUUAAAUAAAUUUGCAACCACAUUACUUCAAACAGAAAACAAACCUCUAGAAUCAUCUACAUUGUUGCAGAUUAGACGUCUGUUAUUAGAAAAUGGUCCAAGAAUACUAGCAAAUCACUUGACUAGAAUUGAUUUAGAUAUGUUGAAAAAUAGCACGGAUUUUGAUUUUGGUUUAGGUGUGGUAUCGGGACUUGAACUAAUUACUUUGCCACAAGGAAAACAAUUACGAAUGGAUUUGAUGGAAAGGAAUCACUGUUUGAGAUACUUUGUAGCAGUGACAAUACUCACCUGUAGCAAUGAAGAAGAACGAGCAAAUCUGGUACAUAAAUGGAUUCAAAUAGCUAUAGAAACAAAAACUGCACUAGGAAAUUUAUAUGGAUUUACAGCCAUCAUGCAAGGUUUGGCUUUACAACAGAUAGAUCGCUUGAGGUCAACGUGGCUAACGGUUCGUCAAAACUUCACCGAAAAUGCAUUCACUUAUGAAACAAAAUUACGACCUACGCUUAAGUCAAUGCAAGAAUGCUCCAAUCCGCAAGCUCCCAACACUUGUAUUCCAUAUCUGUUAUCGCUGAUAACAAUAUUACAGCGGCAUAUAGAAGUAAUAGAAAAUAACGAAUUAAAUGCGGAACCACAAGUAGAACCAAGCGGUAAAAAAACCGUUAACAUUCUGUCUCUCGGGCUACAAUGGGAACAGAGUGCUUCGGAUUACGGACUUCAACUGCUCUUACUACAUCUAGAGUUGGGACGAACAUUUGUACAACAAUGCACAACAUACAGGAGGAACGGAGAAAUAGUAUUGGAUAACGUUAAGUUUGACAAUUCCAUUUUAGAUAUGUUCAAAACAGAAUUCCAUCUGAAGUUUUUAUGGGGAAGUAAAGGUGCUAAUGUUGCUGCAGCCGAAAGAUAUACUAAAUUCGAUCAAGUUCUGCAAGUUAUGUCAGAAAGGUGCGAGAGCAGUUAAUUAGCAUAUUUAAUUAAAUAUCUAAUUAAAUCAUUAUCAUAAGUAUACAGAUCAAGUUUUUGCUAUCUACCUCACGAGUUGUUUUGUACAUCAUGUAUAAUAUCUUUUUUUUAGAUUUGAUUUAUAUAUAUAUAUAUAUAUAUUAGCAGGACUAAUUUUUUAAAUAAGCACAAUUUCACUUUAAGAAGUUUUUGUUUUAAAUAUUAUAUGAGUAUCCGUAAAAUAAUUUGUCAAAUUUUGACAACCAUGGAAAAUACAUUCCAUAACAUACAAGUAUUUUUAUUUAUUAUAUAAAGCAGUUAAAAACAAAAAUGCUUUUAAAUUCAUUAUA